UCUGUUCAUGUUUAUUUUCAGGUUCCCAAACAUGAAAAUAUAAAUUAUAUAGUGAGGAUGAUAAUGAAAUAUUUAUGAUGAAGCACCGAAAGUUGAAGACAAUGAUUGUUGUCAAAGUUUUAAUACUUUUGUUUUAACUUUACGGUAUUGUUAACAACGUAUUUUCUAUUUAUUUGCAUAUGUUUUAUUAUUAAUCAUUAAACAUGUUAAGACCUAAAAUUUUAUCUCAAGUUCUGAGUCAAGCUAAUACUAAUGGUGUUGAAAACACAAUGUUAUUGACUCAUGAAGGUUGCUUAUUAGCAUUUAGUGGUUAUGGGGAUAGAGAUUCAAGCAUUACAGCUAUUAUUGCAGCAAAUUUAUGGAAUACAUAUCAAAAAAAUGGCUUAGCAACAUUAAAAGAAGAUCAAUUACAACUGGUUCUUAUGGAUUGCACGGAAGGCAGAGUGGCAAUUAAGCAAGUUGCUAAUAUCUUAUUGUGCUUAUAUGCAAAUCGUUCUGUAGAAUUUGGUUUACUCAAAGAAAAAAUUACAGCCUUAUCUACAUAUUUGGAUGGUCCUCUCAGACAAAUUGCUGCAUCAUAAUAUGUAUAUUUCUAUAAUUCAUCGUUUAUAGAAUUUAUGCUUUUAUAU